AUGAUGCAAGGCAAAAGGCUAGCUAUUGUGAUGCCACCAAUGAUGAUGAUUGUGGUGUUGAUAUGUAUACUAUUCGAAGGCAGUUUCUCAGAGGCCACCUCCUCUCUUGUCUUUCCUUUGAGUGGGAAUGUUUGGGCCUACUUCGUGAACAUCAGUAUAAGAAACCAAGCUGAGCCAUUUCAGCUUCACGUUGAUACUGGUAGUGACCUCACUUGGGUCAAGUGUGUAGAACCUUGCCAGGAUUGCACUCAGCCCCAAGAAAGUCUCUACAACCCACCAAAAGAUAGCAUUGUGCAAUGUGGGGAUCCCUUAUGUGCCGCUAUUCCAAAAGACAAAGAUAAUUGUGAAAACCCCACUGAUCGUUGCGAGUAUGUUUAUCAAUAUGAUGAUGAUAGUUCAACUGAGGGUUAUCUAGUCAGAGACCAUUUUCAUCUACUACUUAUCAAUGGCUCUGUCAUUCAUUCACCUUUGGUAUUUGGGUGUGGAUACAAACAAACGGGAACUUUUAAAAGGGCUGGAAUCGUUGGUCUAGGUAAGGGUCCGAUUGGCUUCUUGUCACAAUUGCAUUCACAGGGUCUAAUACAACAAGUGACUGGCCACUGUUUAAAUAGUAGAGGAGGUGGCUAUUUGUUCCUUGGAGCCGAUCUUGUGCCUCCUCUAGGAGUCUCUUGGACGCCUAUCACAAACAAUGAUGAAGAGGACUACAUAACAGGACAGGGGGAAAUCUUGUUUGCUGGAAGUCCAACUCAAGUAGGAGGACUUCAAUUCAAAUUCGAUAGUGGAUCCACAUUAACCUACUUAAACCAACCAGACUACCAAUUCACACUUAAUCGAAUUAGCCAGGCCCUAGAAGGAACGCCAUUGAUUCAUGCAAAUCCGAUAAACAACACCCUCCGUAAUUGUUGGAAACACAAGCGAAAACCUAUUACAUCCUUUGAUGAUGUUAACAACUACUUCAUGAACUUGACCUUGAGCUUCACAAAUGUACCAAAUGCUAAGCUGAAUUUACCACUCCAAGCUUAUCUCAUACUUGCGAGAGGAAAAGUGUGCUUGGCAAUUUCAAAUGGUGGCCAAACAGAGGGAGAAAAUUCGAAUGUAAUCGGAGCCGUUUCGAUGCAAGAUAAGUUGAUGAUCUAUGAUAAUAUUCACCAUCGCAUUGGAUGGGCUUCUUCUAGUAACUGUGAUAGUGUCCCAUGGCGUUAA